AAACAAAAGCAGCCAAGUCGGUGAAGACUAGAAACGGGUCAUCCGCCGAUACUUGAGCCCAUGCAUGCACGUUGAAAGGAAUAACGACCGUCAUUUGGACCCCGAAAACCUGGACGUGUAUCUAAAACUCAUCAUCUUUGGUUUGUGGGUCUGCUCUGUGAGAAACUGACGAAAGCCACCGAAAAGUGCCGUGGGAAAGCCUAAAAGGGUGAUGCCAGCGACCAUGGCUGUAUCUUCACAGGUGGCAGAAUCAUAGUGGUAUCGAUCGUUGCCGUGGAGACCGAAUAGUUGCGGUGAUCGUUCAGCUAGAGUUGACUGUUGGGCACGGGUGGGUCAUGGCAUUUACGGCUCUCCUACCUACCUACUGGUUUGAUACAAGAGACGGCUAGUGAUCCUGCACCAGGGGAUUCUCGAGGCUUGUGGGGUGAGAGAGUUGUUUUCAGUGCUACCUGCAGUUGAAGAUCCCGGUGCUUGGACAUUGAUGAGGGGGGCGGAAUUUUGCAUGUUGAGAGUGUCAGUGCUUCGUUGCCACUCCGGAUUGUUAAAAUAGCCGGGUAAUUUAGAAGGCAGGUCUCGGAAGGGUGAGCAGUGUGUCUGAGCGUUUUUGUGUGACGCUUGCUGAGCUCUGUGUGGCUGUUGAUGUUUUUUUAGUUUUAGUUUUUAGUUUUUUGGUUUCUGCGUUGCUACUGACGACUGAAGGAGUAGUGAGGAGAUGCAUGUGUAGAAGGUCCAUAAAUGGUGUGAUGCAACGAGCCUUACCGUGAAGAUUCAAUCGGCAUCGGGGAUCUUGGUUUUUUAUCCCACCUUUUAGAUUGAGCGGAUACGUAUUGGAUCAAUUUACAACUGGUUCUUGAGAUAGUUGAAUUUCCCAGACAAAGGGUGGAUGUGUUUUGGGGGUAGUUGAUAGGUUGCAGCUUCUGUUCUACUCCAUGACCAUUUCGGAGAUUGAGGCCGCAUUAUCUCGUUUUUAGUGUCUGAAAUUGUGAACCUCGUUUCAAUCACACAAUAGUAGAAGAACUAGAGUCUGCAUUUACGGUACGUUACGAGUGACCAAAAACUGAGAUCAACUCGGCCUUUUCGAGAUUCUCAACGUCGACCUCAGAGCAUGGGGAGAACUCCUUGUUGUGACAAAAUGGGGCUGAAGAAGGGACCCUGGACACCUGAUGAAGACCAGAAGCUCGUAACAUACAUUCAGCGCAACGGACAUGGCAGUUGGCGCGCCCUUCCUAAACACGCUGGACUUUUGAGGUGUGGCAAGAGCUGUAGGUUACGGUGGACGAAUUAUCUUAGGCCUGACAUCAAGCGCGGCAGAUUUUCCUUCGAAGAGGAGCAAGUCAUUAUUCAUCUUCAUGGCAUCCUCGGGAACAGAUGGUCGGCCAUUGCAGCGCAUCUCCCAGGACGCACAGACAACGAGAUUAAAAAUUAUUGGAACACGCACUUGAGGAAGCGUCUCUUGCAGAUGGGCAUAGACCCCGUGACGCACAAAGUGAGAUCCAACCUGCUGAUCGAGAACUUGGAUCUGAAGCCUAUGGUGUCUUCCACUUUGAGUCACAUGUCACAAUGGGACAGAGUGCGGAUGGAGAUGGAAGCUCGUCUCUCAAGUGAUUAUUUUGCCAAAUCAUCAGCACAUGGUGCAGCUAUAUUCGAAGCAUCUGGCACAUCAGCCAGUUUUAUCAAGGCACCUAGCGACUGUUCAAUGCGCUCCUGGAAGACACAAGUAUCGGAGUCGCUUCUACGGCGUGACUUCGGCGUGCUUGAGAAGCUCCCUCCUUGCAGCAUGGAUUUGCAAACUGUUCUACAAGACUGGGAAGAUUCACUCCAUUGCCAACCUAUGGAGCCAGGUUUGUACGAUUCCCAAAUGCGCGCCAAGACGCAUUCUGGUAGCCAUAGCGGUUACUCACAAACUCCCAGAAACGACAAUUGUUCAGGCACGACAGUGACUGAUUUGGCGGCCCGCUUCGAGACUUUCCCCAGCUUUCACCAAACUUCGCCAUCGCCAUCCCCACUGCCACAAACUUCUCAAAUCUCCGACUCAUUCACUUCUUCCGGCACAAAGCUCUUCCCUGACCUUCCUAAACCAAAUUCUCUUCCCUCGAUGAUCCCAGAACACUUCUCGCCGACGUCGACUCUUUCCAGUCCCUUCGGCACCUCACCCAGCGACUUCAUGGUUCCACCUCCAAGCUCCAAUUGCGAGAUUGCUUUCUCGACUUCUCCCCCUCUUCAACUCCCCAGCCCAACAUUCUGGACAUCCCUGUCGGCACCAACCACAAUGGGAGCGGGUGAUCUUCAGCUUCCAUCCGAAAUUCCUGAGCUGCUAAUGGAGCUCCACGCCGAACCUGCUGUGCCAGAUCUCAUCGUGGCGACUGUCCCUACAACUACGGCAGGUACUCCAGGAUGGACAUCGCAACAGGGGCUGAUUGAAAGCAAGGAUUACUGGGCCAAUAUGCUGCAUCUAGUUGGCCCUCCUGCAUCCCAACAGCUUUCCACCUUGCUCUCUACCCCAGCGAGGCUCACCCGGUGACAUGAUCCAAAAAUCAGAGCAAUCUCUCCACUUGUCACAUCACUCCUUCAUUAAUGGGUGCACAAACCGCCAAGGAUUGGCAUCAACCACCUCAUUCUCGCAAUUAGUCGUCGCAGCUCGACAGCAGAAGGUCUCUCAUUGUGCUGCUUUUUGCAGUGGCCAUGGAUUUGACGCAAUGGGCUGGUUGUGUAACUCGCGCAACACAAACCCCUUCACAGGAAGGGAAUCCACAUGCGGCGAUGGUCUUCAUUCCUAAAAACUGAUCAGCUGAGGAAACUUGCAACCGAAUCUGCAGUGAGCUGAUGAUGGGUGCCGUGGUUGGUACCCAUGGGCUAUGCGAGAGUGACAGGGGCUUGCAGUAAGGCAACCAGAUGUUCAUAUUUCUUGCAGGAAACUAUAGGAUAUUGAAACACUCUGUAACAUCAUCAAUCCCAGGGCGUAACACAGCUACACAUCCCCUUUGCUAAGGGGGUCAGAAGAAGCGCAACGUUAGUUCCAAGGGCAUAGCAUUCAGAGUGAUAUGCCCCAGAUAAACACAUGUUGGGAGGUAACUGAUUCUUUAGAAGGAGCCAGCUUUACUGGUUUUAGGACGCUAGCUCCUGCGCAUAUUGCAAAUAAAUUAGCGCUUGUACAGCGUGAUUUAUGUGAGUUCAAGUUUCAUGACUGCCUCACUCUGGGCACUUCAACUUACAAUUUUAUUUUUUGUCUGUAAUCCUAUAUAGCAACGUUGUCUUGGUA